CUACCUUGAGCUAGCAUGGGCCCCUGUCGUGGAUCUCCAGUGGGUUGCCCGACCUGCAUUGCAUUCAUCCCCCAACAAGAAGACUAGAUUUUUGGCGAGGUAACUAGGAAGCUCUUGCAGGCCGGGCCACACUCGCUGCUCAAAGCAAAAUCUCACCUCAAGUGCAUUGCAUGUUGAGGAAGGACACCACACGGAAGUCUCUUUUGCCAAUUCACUGCAGAGACAUCAGUUCAAAGGCACCCAAAAGUAGAAUCUCCCUUCCUUCCCAUUGACAACACAUCAACUUCUGCUUUUGACGACCAAUUCCUUGCCUUUUUCCUGCAUUCCGCCAAUACAACACAAUACAAUAGCUUAAUUCUUCCUAUUCCCCCCCACCCCAGCAGUAUUACCCCCAUUCAGAAACUGCUUGUAGGUCUGCCUCCAGCUCUUUGCUGAGUCUACGGAGACACCAUCAUCAUGUACGGCACAGGAACUGGCCCUCAGACGGGCGUUUCCACCCCACGAUCCAACUCAUCUCUCCGACCACUUACACUCAACCAUGGUUCGCUAGAGGCCUCGUUUUUGGUGCCCACGGGCCUCCAUUUCCACGCUUCACAACUGAAAGAACGAUUCGCUUCAGGUCUGCCAGAGGCCACAGACGAAUUAGCCCAAGAUGACGAACCUUCCUCGAUAGCCGAGCUCGUGGCGAGAUACAUGGGCUUCGUGGCCCACGAGGUCGAAGAGGGCGAGGAUGACGGCCAGGGCUCGUACGAGGAGGUCCUGAAGCUCGUUCUUAACGAGUUCGAGCGCAUGUAUCUUCGUGGCAACGAUGUGCACGCCCUUGCUAGAACACUCCCCGGAAUUGUAGAGAAGCAAAUCACCGUCGUCCGUUGUUACUACGCUGCCCGAUCCACAGCAAAUAGAGCCAUCAGACCGCAUGACUCAGCCCUGUUCCGAGCUGCUGAUGAAGGCAGCGCCAAGAUCUACAAUAUUUUCGGCGGCCAAGGCAACAUUGUCGAGUAUUUCGACGAGCUGCGGGAAGUCUACGAGACCUACCCCUCGUUCGUUGGCGAGCUCGUCUCUUCGGCGGCCGAACUUCUGCAAACUCUGAGUCUGGAGCCCAAGGUACAGAAGCUCUAUGCCAAAGGUCUGGAUAUCAUGACCUGGCUGCACUCCCCCGAUGCCACCCCGGACGCCGAUUAUUUGAUCUCUGCGCCCGUGAGCCUCCCUUUGAUCGGUUUGGUGCAGCUCUGCCAUUACCAAGUCCUAGGCAAGGGCCUCGGUCUUCACCCUGGCAUCCUGAGAGAUCGCAUGUCUGGUGCGACUGGUCACUCUCAGGGUAUUGUUGUCGCCGCUGCCACAGCCGCAGCCGACGAUUGGGAGUCGUACGAAAAGCUGUCCAAGGAUGCUUUGACAAUCUUGUUCUGGAUUGGCGCUCGUAGCCAGCAGGUCUUCCCGCGAACCUCGCUAACACCCAAGGUUCUGCAAGACUCGAUCGACAAUGGCGAGGGUGAGCCCACACCGAUGCUUAGCAUUCGUGAUCUCCCUCAAAGCGAGGUGCAGAAGCACAUCGACGCCACCAACCAGUAUCUCCCUGAGGAUCGUCAUAUCUCCAUCUCUUUGAUCAACAGCCCAAGAAACAUGGUCGUCACUGGUCCGCCCAUCUCGCUGUAUGGUCUGAACCUGCAGCUGCGCAAAGUCAAGGCCGCAACCGGUCUCGACCAAAACCGUAUCCCCCACACCGAGCGCAAAGUCCGUUUUGUCAACCGAUUCCUGCCCAUCACCGCGCCCUUCCACAGCCAAUACCUCAAGGAGGCUACAAAGCUCAUCGACGAGGAUCUCAAGAACAUCAAGAUCGAGUCUGAGUCUCUCGGCAUUGCCGUCUAUAACACAUGUACCGGCAAGGACUUGAGAGAAGAGGUCCAGGGUGAUAUCGUUCCCUCUUUGAUUCGCAUGAUCACUAGAGAUCCAGUCAACUGGGAGAAGGCCACUCUCUUCCCAGAGGCAACUCACAUCCUUGACUUCGGCCCUGGAGGCAUUUCUGGUCUUGGUAUACUCACAAGUCGUAACAAGGAGGGCACUGGUGUGCGCGUCAUUUUGGCCGGCACAGUUAACGGCACGGUCAUUGAAGUUGGAUACAAACCAGAGCUCUUUGACCGCGAUGAGGAGAAUGCUGUUGUCUAUGCCAACGACUGGGUCAAGGAGUAUGGCCCAAGACUGGUCAAGAACUCCAAGGGCGAAACCUAUGUUGAUACCAGAAUGAGCAGACUAUUGGGUGUGCCUCCGGUCAUGGUCGCAGGUAUGACACCCAGCACGGUCCCGUGGGAUUUCGUUGCUGCUACUAUGAACGCCGGAUACCACAUUGAGUUGGCCGGUGGUGGUUACUACAACGCGAAAACGAUGACUGAAGCCUUAACGAAGAUCGAAAAGGCAAUUCCCGCCGGACGUGGUAUCACCAUCAACCUGAUCUACGUCAACCCUCGUGCCAUGGGCUGGCAAAUCCCGUUGAUCGGUAGACUUCGAGCUGAAGGGUACCCGAUCGAGGGACUUACAAUUGGUGCUGGUGUGCCAUCGCUCGAUGUGGCUCAGGAGUACAUUGACACCCUUGGUCUCAAGCACAUUGCCUUCAAGCCUGGUUCUAUGGAGGCCAUCCAAAACGUGAUCAACAUCGCCAAAGCAAACCCCACUUUCCCCGUCAUGCUGCAGUGGACUGGUGGUCGUGGAGGUGGCCAUCACUCUUUCGAAGAUUUCCACCACCCUGUUCUGCAGAUGUACAACAGAAUCCGUCGUUACGACAACAUCAUCCUCGUCGCUGGCAGUGGUUUUGGUAGCUCUGAAGAUACCUACCCCUACCUCACCGGUGAGUGGUCUAAGAAAUACGGUUACCCUCCCAUGCCCUUCGACGGUUGCAUGUUUGGCAGUCGUAUGAUGGUUGCCAAGGAGGCACACACCAGCAAGGAUGCCAAGCAAGCAAUCGUUGAUGCUGAGGGCGUUGAGGAUGAGCACUGGGAGAAGACCUACAAGGGAGCGUCUGGUGGUGUGAUCACCGUUCGCUCGGAAAUGGGUGAACCCAUCCACAAGCUUGCAACUCGUGGUGUCCUCUUUUGGGCCGAGAUGGAUCAGAAGAUCUUUGCGCUGCCCAAGGAGAAGCGUGUCGCAGAGCUCAAGAAGAACCGUGCCUACAUCAUCAAGAAGUUAAAUGAUGACUGCCAAAAGGUUUGGUUCGGUCGCAAUUCCGCAGGUGUGACUGUCGAUCUGGAGGACAUGACUUACGCCGAGGUCGUCAGAAGACUUGUUGAGCUUCUCUACGUCAAGCAUCAAUCCCGAUGGAUCGACCCGUCUUACAUGAAGCUGACUGGUGAUUUUAUUCACCGCGUUGAGAGUCGUUUCACACACUCUCAGGGUCAAGCCUCAAUGCUCCAGAGCUAUGCCGACCUGAAGGAACCCUUCGCUGCUGUCGAGAAGAUCCUCGCGCGUUACACGGAGGCUGAAUCUCAGAUCAUCAACGCUCAAGAUGUUCAGCACUUCAUCAUGCUCUGUCAGCGACGUGGCCAGAAGCCGGUCACCUUCGUCCCUGCUCUCGACGAAAGCUUCGAGUUCUUUUUCAAGAAAGACUCUCUCUGGCAAUCUGAGGACCUUGACGCUGUUAUUGAUCAAGACGUUGGCAGAACAUGCAUCCUGCAGGGUCCUAUGGCUGUCAAGUACGCCACGAAGGUUGAUGAGCCCAUCAAGGAAAUCCUUGACGGUAUCCACCAGGGUCACAUCACUCAGCUGAUUGAGGAUGUCUACCAUAACAAGCAAGAGUCUGUCCCCACCAUCGAAUACUUCGGUGGCAAGCUUGUUGAUACCGAGAUCCCUCUCGACAUCGAAGGUUUAACUGUGUCUUACGAUGACAACAAGAACACAUACCGCUUGUCCAUGUCUCCGGCUGUCGCGCUGCCUGAUGUUGACGCUUGGCUGGCACUUUUGGCCGGUCCCAACAGAUCGUGGCGCCACGCUCUUUUCCAUUCUGAUGUCCUGGUGCAAGGUCAGAAGUACCAGACGAACCCGAUGAGAAGAAUCUUUGCCCCAGUUCGUGGUCUCUUCGUCGAGAUUCAAUACCCCAACGAUCCCAGCAAGACAUCCAUCAUCGUCAAGGAGCAACCUAGACACAACCACUAUGUAGACGUCAUCGAAGUCAAGCUGGAGGGCAAGAACAAGAUCGUUGUUAAUAUGAUCAAGGAUACCACGGCUCUGAACAAGCCUGUUGCUCUUCCACUACACUUCACUUACCACCCUGAGGCCGGAUAUGCCCCCAUCCGUGAGGUUAUGGAUGACCGUAACGACCGUAUCAAGGAGUUCUACUGGAAGGCUUGGUUUGGCAACGACAAGCUCGAUCUAGAUGCCCAAGUCACUGGCAAGUUCGACGGCGGCAAGGCAACCAUCACGGCGGAGGACAUCAAUGACUUCGUCCAUGCUGUGGGCAACACAGGCGAGGCCUUUGUCGAUCGUCCUGGCAAGAUCAUGUAUGCUCCCAUGGAUUUUGCUAUUGUUGUCGGAUGGAAGGCCAUCACCAAGCCCAUCUUCCCUCGCAAGAUCGAUGGCGACUUGCUCAAGCUUGUACAUCUUUCCAACGGCUUCCGCAUGUUGCCUGGCGCCGAGCCCUUGAAGAAGGGUGAUCAAAUUCAGACUACUGCAUUGGUGCAUGCUGUCAUUAACCAGGAUUCUGGAAAGAUGGUUGAGGUUUGCGGUACCAUCACUCGAGAUGGUGAACCUGUCAUGGAGGUCACGUCGCAAUUCUUAUACCGUGGUGUCUAUGAAGACUUUGAGAAUACCUUCCAGCGCAAGGUCGAGACUCCUAUGCAGGUCCACCUGGCUACUGCCAAGGACGUUGCUGUGCUUAAGUCUAAGGAGUGGUUUGUGCUUGAAGGUGAUGAGGACUUGGUCGGCAAGACUCUUGUCUUCAGACUGCAAAGUCUGUACAAGUACAAGAACAAGACCAUCUUCAGCAGCGUCGAGACUCGCGGUCAAGUUUUGUUGGAGCGACCUAGCAAGCAGAUCGAUCAAGUUGCCAGCGUUGAAUAUGCCGCUGGUCAGUCUCAGGGUAAUCCUGUUGUUGACUACCUUGAGCGCCUUGGAUCCUCGAUUGAGCAGCCUGUCCACUUUGAGAACCCCAUUCCUCUCAGUGGCAAGACACCUUUACUACUCAAGGCUCCUGCUUCCAACGAGGGCUAUGCCAAGGUCUCUGGCGACUACAACCCUAUUCACGUUUCUCGAGUUUACGCAAGUUAUGCCAACUUGCCGGGCACUAUCACUCACGGCAUGUACUCUAGUGCCGCUGUGCGAAGUCUUGUGGAGACUUGGGCUGCCGAGAACAACGUCGGCCGUGUUAGAUCUUUCCAUGCUUCGCUGACUGGUAUGGUCCUGCCCAACGAUGACAUCCAGGUCAAGCUGCAGCAUGUUGCUAUGAUCAGCGGCCGUAAGAUCAUCAAGGUCGAAGCAAUUAACAAGGAGACCGAGGAUAAGGUUUUGCUUGCUGAGGCCGAGAUCGAACAACCAGUCACGGCUUAUGUCUUUACUGGACAAGGCUCCCAGGAGCAAGGUAUGGGUAUGGACCUGUACGACAGCAGCCCUGUUGCCAAGGAAGUGUGGGAUAGAGCUGAUAAAUAUCUACUCGACAACUAUGGCUUUUCUAUCACGAACAUUGUCCGAAACAACCCUAAGGAGCUUACUGUCUAUUUCGGUGGCCCUAAGGGUAAGGCUAUUCGUCAGAAAUACAUGGACAUGAAGUUCGAGACGGUUGCUCAAGACGGAUCUACCAAGUCCGAAAAGAUCUUCAAGGACAUUACCGAGAAGACGACCUCGUAUACAUACAAAUCGCCUCAAGGUCUUCUCUCGGCAACUCAGUUCACCCAGCCUGCUCUCACACUUAUGGAGAAGGCCAGUUUUGAGGACAUGAGGGCUAAGGGUCUCGUUGCCCGUGACAGCACUUUCGCUGGUCACUCUCUAGGAGAAUAUUCCGCCUUGGCCGCUCUCGCUGAUGUCAUGCCUAUCGAGUCGCUUGUUUCUGUCGUCUUCUACCGUGGUCUGACAAUGCAGGUCGCUGUCGAGCGUGAUGCCGAGGGCCGCUCUAACUACUCCAUGUGCGCUGUCAACCCCAGCCGCAUCUCGAAAUCUUUUGAUGAGGAGGCUCUGCGCUUCGUGGUUGGUAACAUUGCUGAGGAGACGGGCUGGCUACUUGAGAUCGUGAACUACAACAUUGCCAACAUGCAAUACGUCUGUGCGGGCGACCUCCGUGCUCUGGACACUCUCACUGGCGUUACCAACUUCUUGAAGGCUCAAAAAAUUGACAUUGCUCAAUUGAAGAAUGAACUCAAGCCCGAAGAAGUCAAAGCUCAUCUGGUUGAUAUUGUGAGGGGCUGUGCUCAGCAAACAGAGGGGAAGCCCAAGCCUAUUGAGCUUCAGCGUGGAUUUGCUACCAUUCCUCUGCGUGGUAUCGAUGUGCCUUUCCACUCGACUUUCCUGCGAUCCGGCGUCAAGCCUUUCAGAGGCUUCCUCAACACCCAGAUCAAGAAGACCAGCAUUGACCCGGCUAAGCUUGUUGGAAAGUACAUCCCCAACGUCACUGCUCGACCAUUCGAGAUAACUAAGGAGUACUUCGAGAAUGUCUACGCUCUCACUAACUCGCCCAAUAUCAAGGCUAUCCUGCAGAAGUGGGAUUCGUAUCAGGAUGAUGAUGCUCAACCCAAUGGCGUGAAUGGUGUUAACGGUCACGAUGAAGAGCAGCCCAACGGAGUCAACGGGACUCAUUAAAGGAUUCAAGGGAAAUGAGAACGAUAUCUGAACGAUAGUGUAUUAAGGUGAAAGGUUUCUGUGUAUAGUACACCGUCCGCCUUUGGGAUUCCGUGGGAGGCGUACGCAUUGCGAUUUACGUCAUUUAAAGUUUAGAGCAGCGAAGGUCCGUUAGAUGACCAGACUGCAAAAUAGAUUUCAGUAACGUUUGAA